UCUUUUUUUUCCUUUUUCCCUGCUUCUUUUGGUUGGUUCAGUUUUUUUUAAAGCGUUUUUUAUUUGCGAAAAGCCUCUCACUAUGAAAAAAGGAUUUGAUUUUCAAUUUGAUCCUUUAGCAAAUGAUCUGGCAAUGGGGAGGGUUAUAGUGGGGGUCAGAAGGAAAGAGGAAGAUGAAGGGCUGGGAGCCAUCGAUGUAGAGGGCGAGGACGGUGUAAGGUUGAAGGGUAGGGAAUACCCGGAUACCCUUUGAUAACACGAGACGUAGGAUCAACUGAUGGAUAACUACAGAAAAAUGUAAUACAUCGUUAUAUAAUUGUAUGUAUUGGUAUACAUUUUGUAUAUAAUUUACAUGGUUAAUCAUCUUUGAUGGCGGUACCUCUGAUAUGUUUUUCUCUUUCUGGGUGAACUGGUUUCGAACCAGGUUUAGAAUGUCUUCUUUCAUUAUCUUGUCUUCUUUUAAUUGAAUC